GGGGUCGCUCGGGAGGCGAUGUGAUGCGGUGUCUGGUGGUGAUAUAUAUCCGUCCCCCGUUCGUCCGUCGCCUUCCUCUCCACCUCCAGCACCAACCGAGAAUCGAGUUGGCUUAGUGGAGGGCUCACUUGGCGCUCGGCCGGAGAAGGGAUCUCUCCGACGAAUCGGAACACUCGGACCUUUUGCGCGGAAGCCGGAUCCUGGAGGCGGCGAAGAGAGCUUCGGCGCAGGACAGCAGUUCGGCUAAACGGCCGAGGGACUCUGCAACAUGGGUGACAACAAAGUGGCUGUGGCUGGUGGCGAGGACCGCCUGAGCGCGCUCCCGGACGAUGUGAUCCGGCUGUUCCUGUCGUUCCUGCCCUCGCGUCAAGCAGUUCAGACGUGCGUGCUCGCCACCCGCUGGCGCACCCUCUGGAAGUCCGUGCCGUCCCUUCGCAUUGAUAUGCGGUAUGACAGCGCUAAAUUUCUCAAUAGCCUGAUUCGCUACCGUGACCCAACACCUCUGCGUGAAUGCGAUAUCCUUUUCGUUCAUCGUGAUUAUACGAGUGAGGCUCGCCGGGAGGCUGAGCUGUGGCUCCGUUAUGCGCUAUCGUGCAAAGCGAGGCUUCUUCGAUUUGAUAUCCUCAAUCAUUUCAUUCAGCUAUCCCUAUCAGCCGGGGUUCUAGUCUCCAAAUACUUGACAAGUUUAAAUCUUUGCGGUGUUGUGUUUGAGGAUUUCUCUCUAGAUGUUUUGGGUUGUAAAUCACUUGAGGUGUUGGACAUGCACGACUGUGUGAUCAACAUUGGGGCUGAGUUUCCAAAAUCUUUACGACUUUUGAGAAUAAGAGACGCACGUUGUAUCCCUGAGGAUACACGGUCUUCUAUUCACGCACCAGGUCUGAUUAUCUUGGAACUAGCUGACCCUUUUGGUUGGACUCCAGUGCUUAAGAGACUGCCAUCAUUGGUAACUGCAUUUAUCAACAUUGGAUAUGACUGCAUGGAUUCUUGUCGAAAGAGUUCUUAUGGGGAUUGUGGACAUCAAUCAUGUAUGGCGUGCUAUGGUGUACUAGAUAAUUGUGUGCUUCUCCAAGGUUUGUCAGGUGCUACGAAUUUAGAGCUGAUAACUCCUAGCUCUAUGAUCUUCAGAAAGGAGAUCAAAUGGUGCCCUAUGUUUAGCAAGCUCAAAGCAUUGUUGCUUGGUGACUGGUGUAUGACUUCUAACUUCAGUGGACUAGUUUACUUUCUCCAACAUUCACCAGUACUAGAGAUGCUUACUCUUCAACUUAGUGGAUUCAACAAGAAGUCUAUCAUUAAAACGAGUGUCUACAAGCCCAAGGAACAAUUUGUGGUGACAAAGCAUCUCAAGGCAGUGAAAAUCACAUAUUUCAAGGAAAAGGGCAUGGAUGAAAGGGCUCCCAUGUCCCCUGUAUCUUUCGCCAUAAGGUACCUGCGUUUUGUCAACUGA